AGAACAUGCACCUUGUUAAGUAAAGACGUGUUGGUUCACUCAAUUCAAUUGCCUUUUGAGUGAGAACCCCAUCAAUGUAUUCUUGUUGAUUCUUCUUCCCCCACAUGUAUAAAUCCAUGGGUGUAGUUGGGUCUUUAACAAAAUAUGGACAGUGUAAUCAUGGAGGCUAAAAUCUUAGUGUUCAUCAUACUCCAGCUGGAGCUUUUUUUAUUCUCCAAUUUGGUGCUGGGUGCCCAUUCCAAUGGUGGAAGCUGGGAGUUGCUGAAGAAAAGUAUUGGGAUUUCAUCAAUGCACAUACAAUUGUUACAGAAUGAGCGAAUAAUUACUUUUGAUAGAACCGAUGCCGGUCCUUCCAACCUUACCUUACCAAAGGGAAGAAAAUGUCCUAAAAUUUCAGGAAGAAGGGAUUGCUACGUGCAUGCAGUGGAACUGGAUAUGAACAACCUCAAUGUUAGGCCACUCACUGUGCUGUCUGAUACAUGGUGUUCUUCCGGCUCAAUGUUGCCGGAUGGCAAGUUAGUGCAGAGUGGAGGCUAUGGGAAUGGUGAGAAGGUUGUUCGAACCCUCGAGCCAUGCCCAACCUGCGACUGGAAGGAAGAUUAUAAGGGUCUGAUUUCUCCGAGAUGGUAUGCUUCAAAUCAAGUUUUGCCUGGUGGGAAUAUCAUUGUGGUGGGGGGGAGGUUUCAAUUCUCAUAUGAGUUCAUCCCUAAAAGCUCUAAACCUGAAGAUCAUAGACUUCACACCCUUCCAUUUCUCAAAGAAACCAGGUAUUCAUCCCAGAUACCCAACAAUCUCUACCCAUUCACUCACCUCUCAACUGAUGGAAAUCUCUUCAUUUUUGCAAACAACCGGGGGAUUCUACUUGACUACGUGAAAAAUAAAGUGGUCAAGACUUAUCCCACCAUGCCUGGAGAAGUUGCUCGAAAUUAUCCAAGCACUGGUUCCUCAGUUCUUCUUCCCCUCGACCUCUCCACCAAAACCACUCCGGAAGCCGAGGUUUUCAUCUGCGGUGGAACGCAUCCCGAGUCGUUUAAUAAGGCCAAGGCUGGAAUAUUUCUUGAAGCAACCAAAACUUGCGGCAGACUGAGAAUCACAGCCGCGAACCCCAAGUGGGAAAUGGAGGAAAUGCCCAUCAGUCGAGUAUUGGGAGACAUGAUCAUGUUGCCAACAGGAGAUGUCUUGAUCAUUAAUGGUGCGGCAAAUGGAAGCGCUGGUUGGUGGUAUGCGAGAGUACCUGUUCACAACCCAGUAAUUUAUAGGCCAGCAGAAGCAGCUACAGCCAACAGGUUUGAGGUUUUGAAGGCUGCUACGAUACCCCGUCUCUAUCAUUCAACUGCUCAUUUGCUUUCAGAUGGACGUGUCCUGGUCGCCGGCAGCAACCCCAACCAUAAUUACAACUUCACAGUACCUUUUCCAACUGAACUGAGUGUUGAAGCCUUUUCUCCACCGUACCUCACUUCAGGGAAGCCCCGGCCCUCCAUUUCUUCAGUAAAGCCCGGGAUGAACCUUGCUUAUAAACAGAAGUUUUCAGUGGAAUUUCAAGUGAAGGUGAGACAACUCGGAAAGUUUUACCUAACAAUGGUGGCUCCAUCUUUUACCACACAUUCCUUCUCCAUGAACCAGAGACUGUUGCUUUUAGCAGUAAAUCGAGUUCGUAGGAUGUCUUCUGGAAGCUAUGCAGUUGAGGGUGACGCUCCAGCCUCAGCGGCAUUUGCUCCUCCAGGCUACUACCAGUUAUUUGUGGUCUAUGAAGGCGUUCCUAGCGUAGGAAAGUGGGUACAUAUCAAAUAAUGGUCGUGGGGUUUAACCCAUUAGUCUUAAUUCUUAGCUUAUGAUUUGGGUUUGCUUGGGUGAUUA